AUGCCUCUUUCUGCAGAUGUAACGAAGGGCGUCCAGCGCUUUAUUUUCAUUCUCACAGAUGACUACAAUGCGAAGACAACAGCUCUGUCGGCCUAUCUGGCCUCUUAUCUAGACCAGAAAAGAAUCCCUUUCUCGUACCUAAAGCUCUCCACAACCCUAUCUUUAACUUUUGGAAAUCUUUCUCCAGAGAAGGAGGGUGAGGCCUUCAUCACAUGGGACGGUGGCGAGGUGGAUUAUGACGUGGGGAUCAUUGAGAGAAGUAUAACGGGAGAGCUGCCGCGAACGUCAUGUUUAACCCUUGGACAGGCCAUUCAGCAGCUGUACAUUCAACAGGCGAAGCAACAGGAAACCGGGUUUACACGGCUUACCUUCGAAGAGGACCUAUUGGAUUACCUUGUUACGUACAUCCAGAUGGAGCCCACCCUGCAGCAUCCACCUUCUUCAGGUAUGAAUUCCUAUGAAAUCCCCAUUCGUAUCGUUGAGAUUGGGGGCGGUGUGCGCCAACCCUCAACCCAAAUUUUUACUAGAACCAUCGAGAGGCUGCUGUCUCUGAGUUGCAGUGAAGAUCCACCUCCAUCUGCUCCGCAGCGAGGCAGCAUCAUUAUUUUGAUGGCCACAGCAAAUCCUGAUGCAAUCAAGCCAGAGAUAAUGCAGCUUUUCUGCGGGUACGCCCCGGACUACCUCAUACAACUUCAGAACCUAAAUAGCACAGACAUUUUGGACGAUGAAUACACCAUCAAUGCAACGCGAGUAGACGCUAAAGGAAUGUCUGACGAGAAAAUAAUGCUGAAAGAGCUCAUUGCCAAAUGGAACAAAGCUUGGGCGUUCAAGGCCUUUGCUGCCAAGUCUGCAACAGAGCUGGUCAGCUCGAUGGCGGUUCUUCCUUCAUUCACUGAUGAGAGCGCGUUAACAGCUGAAACAGAUAUGAAGAAAGCUAUUGAGAUGGCCAAAUGCACGGGUCAGAUGGAGGCGCUUGGGAAUGUCCUCGUGGAGAUGAGGGUGGACCGCGAAGAGGUGGUGGAAUUGGGGGACGAGGUGCUCAGAGGAUUCGAUAACGCUCUGGCGAACAUUACUGAAGAGCAGGAUCACGCAGCUGAAGGCAUUUUUGGUGCCAUCUGCAUGAUAUGUGGGACCGCAAAGAAUACAGAAGUGUGCCCCAUUUGUACCCUUAAUUCACACUUGCUGGAUGUCAAUGAGGCCAUCACAGAGGCAACUUUUACAUAUUUGGCAUCCCCAACUGAUCUCUGCUGCAAGUCUAUAAGCCAGAAGUUAACGCACAUGCGCCUGGCGUCCAACAUAUAUGACGAGGACCACUCCGAAGAGGUCAUCUCGGACAUGGCACUGUAUGAUUCCGAGUCUGACACUAGUACUAUUGCUGAUAAGUCACACUUAAGUUCACAGAAGAAAUACUUUGGGUCCAAAAGCGUGGCAAAGAUGGUCAAGAACUAUGGAGAUGCCUUUCUUGCAGAGAAAGACACCAAUAUGCCCCUUGGGUCCUUGAUUACAGCUACGGCAAAAGACCUACCAAGCCAUCAAAGCUACCAGAGCUACCAGAGUGGCCAUAGUUACUGCACAGAUUCCUGCGCGCACACACCGACAGCUCACUCAGAAUUGCAAGGCCCAAGUGAGUCUACCAGUGAAGUUCCUGGAGAAAUCGUCUUGGCUCAUAAUUCUGGGUCCUCCGCAUCUGUACGUAAUAGAAGUACCCACGUAACACUGAAGCUCAAAAAGCAUCAUCACCCCUCGAACGCUGAUGGACACUUAAAGUUGCGCAUUGAAAAUCUGAAGAAAAAGGAAGUCGAGACGAGUUUGCAGCAGAUGCUUGCAAGUGCAGCCCAAGCAAAAACUCUUCGCCAUGAAAUGACCCUUAAGCAUUUGGAUCUUCCCUGCAUUAUAGCAAUUGUCGGGAAGUUUGUUGCAAGAGAGGACUCCUACCUCUCUAUCCUGGAAGCACUGCGGGCUACUAUGCACAAAUACUACCAUGAUAAGCCAUUCGCAUUCCUGUGGGUAGAUCCCACAGCUCUUGAUGAAAAGAACUGUGAUGACAUUCUACAAGAGGCCCACGGGUUUGUUCUUCCUGGUGGGUUUGGAGACAUUGGUGUUAACGGCCUUAUGUUAUCGAUUAAAUAUGCAAGAACUCACAACAAGCCAAUACUUGGUCUCUGUCUUGGCUUCCAGAUGAUGGUGUGCGAGUUUGCGAGAAAUGUAUGUGGUCUCAGCCAUGCAAACUCGACGGAAAUGGACCCUGACACUCCGCACAAACUCAUUAUUCCCAUUAGUGAGAUGCUUGAGACCGGGCAAAUCAAACCUCUCCACAAGCAGCAGAACGCGGCCAAUCCGGGUACCACCGCAAAGUAUAGCACUAUGCGACUGGGCGACCUUCUGGUGUCAGUUAAGUCAAACACAAUGCUAUCCGAGUGCUACAACAAGUAUCCUCAGGUGAAGGAGCGUCACUGGCACUCGUUCGCCGUCAACACCCAGUACAUUGAUACCUUGACUGAGCACGGACUGAUAAUAAGUGGUAUGGACUUCACCAACCAACUUCCUAUGGCUGUGGAGUUACCAACAGAAGCACACCCCUUCUUCAUGGCCACCCAGUACCAUCCUGAAUUCACGUCAAAACACAGACUCCCGCACACCCUUUUUGUUGCCUUUGUAUCCGCAAUCUACAGGUUACAAGAUAUGUAA